GACUUGAUACCCGAAGAUCCUUUCUUUCUAAAUUUUACAACUACAACCACAACCACAUUUCACUUCUCCUCUAGUUAUCAUACUCUUUAACCAUGUUUGAUUUCGGAAGACAACAACAAGGAGUACGAGAUGAACAUCCUAGUGAUGAAGAACACGAUAGAUCUUCUUUUUCUGAGAGUCCCUUGUUGUUUGGUAAGAGUAGUCGCAGUUGUAGAUUGGCAGUAAAUGAAAAGUAUUCUGAUACACCAAGCUUGACGACGGUAACCCCGCCGACAGAUAACGAAAAUGGUUUGAAGAAGCUUCCAUCUCUACCAUCAUCAUCCAAACAAAACCACGGUGAACCUGCUGCAGAGCAACAGAGAAAUAUAGAGUUUACAGCUUCGAGUCGUAAAGAUGAGACUAAUGAUGAAAAGGAUGGUGUUACAUCUCCGCCUUUAUGGAAAUAUCCUCGAAGUAGCAGUAGCAUAUCUAAUUCCACAGAAGUUUUAUCGUCCAGAAGUCGCGGAAACUACAAUCGGUUUUUCUCUUUUAAUGACGCCACAGCUACUACAACUACUGAUUUUGUUUCUAAUAGAUCCCAAGAGAUUGCUAGAGGUCGUCAAGAGUUGAUGGAUAUGAUUAGAACCAUGCCGGAGAACUCGUACGAACUCUCGUUAAAAGAUCUAAUCGAACAUAAACAGCAACCACAACCUACAAAGGAUGAUCACCAUGAUGCAACUCCAGAGAUGGAAUCAAGUCGUAAUAGUACCAACAAUAGUAGUAGCACUACUUCAAAGGUCUCAUCAAAAGAUCAAACGAAAAGCAACAGGGAAAACAACAUUCCAGUGUUAAAGAGAAGUAAAAGUGCGGAUUCAAGUAAUGGUAAAAAUGGACCUGUUCUUCUCAAAAUGUUUUUACCCUUCUCAGAUUUUGGCAUGCAUAAGAAGAAAAGGAAAAACAAGGGUUCCAAAAAGAGUGCUUAUUAUGCUAAAGUUUCGCCUAAGCCGAUUCCACUAAUAGAGGGAGAGAAGAAUUCUACCACUACUACUAAUACCUCCAUUGAUAAGGAAUGGUGGAAGAAGAGGUUUGCAGUUGCAGCAGACGAAAUUACUAUUAGCCAUGGAGGACUAGACAACAGGGGUGAAAGUAGUGGUAGCAGCAACAGCAGCAAUGGAAGCCGGAAAAUGGCUGGCUUGUUAACUUGUUUUUGGUCCUCCAACACCAAAAAAACAAAAACCAUCUCACUGAAAGGGAGCAACUACUAACUGGGAAUCUCAUCUCAUUUACCAUUACUGUGCCACUAGGAGUAAAUAAGUGAAGUAGCCACAUCGAAAAGUUUGCAGUAGAGUGUAUGACUAUGUGUAUAUUAUUCAGAAGUUUUGUGAUGAUGUACUGUUUCAUAGCUUUUCUUUUUUCCUGUCUAUCUGAAUAUGUAUACAACAUUACAACUUCAAAAUUUUGUGAAUGCUAGCCUUUGUUCAGAAACA